AGCGGCGGUCGCGGGGGGAGGAGGAGGAGGGACUGAGCGGCGGCGGCCCCCGCGUUCCGGUGCCUCUAUGGGGAAAGCAGACAAUGGAUUAUGAUUUCAAGGCGAAGCUGGCGGCGGAGCGGGAGCGGGUGGAGGAUUUGUUUGAGUACGAAGGGUGCAAAGUGGGACGCGGCACCUACGGGCACGUCUACAAGGCGAGGCGAAAAGAUGGAAAAGAUGAAAAGGAAUAUGCAUUGAAGCAAAUUGAAGGCACAGGAAUAUCCAUGUCGGCUUGUAGAGAGAUUGCACUUUUGCGAGAAUUGAAGCACCCUAAUGUGAUCGCCCUGCAGAAGGUGUUCCUUUCUCACAGUGACAGGAAGGUGUGGCUGCUGUUUGAUUAUGCCGAGCAUGAUUUAUGGCAUAUUAUUAAGUUUCAUCGUGCAUCAAAAGCAAAUAAAAAGCCCAUGCAGUUGCCAAGAUCUAUGGUUAAAUCAUUACUUUACCAGAUUCUUGACGGUAUCCAUUACCUCCAUGCAAAUUGGGUGCUUCACAGAGAUUUGAAACCAGCAAAUAUCCUAGUAAUGGGAGAAGGUCCUGAGAGGGGGAGAGUCAAAAUAGCUGACAUGGGUUUUGCCAGAUUAUUCAAUUCUCCUCUAAAGCCACUAGCAGAUUUGGAUCCAGUAGUUGUGACUUUUUGGUAUCGGGCUCCAGAACUUUUGCUUGGUGCAAGGCAUUAUACAAAGGCCAUUGACAUAUGGGCAAUAGGUUGCAUAUUUGCUGAAUUGUUGACUUCAGAACCUAUUUUUCACUGUCGUCAGGAAGAUAUAAAAACAAGCAAUCCCUUUCAUCAUGAUCAACUGGAUCGGAUAUUUAGUGUCAUGGGGUUUCCUGCAGAUAAAGACUGGGAAGAUAUUAGAAAGAUGCCAGAAUACCCCACACUUCAAAAAGACUUUAGAAGAACAACGUACGCCAACAGUAGCCUCAUAAAGUAUAUGGAGAAACACAAGGUCAAGCCUGACAGCAAAGUGUUCCUCUUGCUUCAGAAACUCCUUACUAUGGAUCCAACCAAGAGAAUUACCUCAGAGCAGGCUCUGCAGGAUCCCUAUUUUCAGGAGGACCCCUUGCCGACAUUAGAUGUGUUUGCUGGCUGCCAGAUUCCAUACCCCAAACGAGAAUUCCUUAAUGAAGAUGAACCUGAAGAGAAAGGUGACAAGAAUCAGCAACAGCAGCAGAACCAACAUCCGCAGCCCGCAGCCCCGCCGCAGCAGGCAGCAGCCCCUCCACAGGCAGCCCCGCAGCAGCAGAACAGCACCCAGGCCAACGGGACUGCAGGAGGGGCCGGGGCAGGGCCCGGGGCUGCCGGAGCAGGGCUGCAGCACAGUCAGGACUCCGGCCUUAAUCAGGUGCCUCCAAACAAGAAACCGCGGCUAGGGCCUUCAGGCACAAACUCAGGCGGGCCUGUAAUGCCGUCAGAUUAUCAGCACUCCAGUUCGCGCCUGAAUUACCAAAGCAGUGUUCAGGGAUCCUCUCAGUCCCAGAGCUCACUAGGCUAUUCCUCCUCAUCUCAGCAGAGCGCACAGUACCACCCAUCUCACCAGGCCCACCGUUACUGACCCGCUACAGCCAGAGCACAGACUCCAGCAAUAUGACGUCUGCAUUGAAGAGAACCAAAAAUGCAAACUCUGAUGCUGUUCAAAACUCGUCCACUUAGGAGGAAAACUAUUUACGGAGCAUUUUGCAGGACUGACUGAUGUCUUUAUUGACUUAAAGAAAAUUUUUGUGAAGUUUCCCCAGCACCCUUUCCCUGCAUGUGUUCCAUUGUGACUUCUCUGAUAAAGCAUCUGAUCUAAUCCCAGCACUUAACUUCUGUAACCUUGAGCAUUUUGGGGGAGGAUUUCCUGGUGCACCUUUCUCAUGCUGUAGCAAUCUCUAUGAUUUAUCUUUUCAAAGCCCUUUUACUAGGAUUUUAAUGUUUUAGAAACAGGAUUCCAGUGGUGUAUAGUUUUGUACUUCAUGAACUGAUCUAGCAAAACAGGCAAAUAUGCACCUUUUAAAGCACUAUGUUGUUUUCACAGAAUAUAACUCUUUUGCUCAUGGAAGUCUUAAAUGGGAACUGUUGCUGUCCCACAGUACUUUACUAUUACGUUUUUAUUUCUCUAGUUUCAGGGAAGGUCUAAUAAAAAGACAAGUGGUGAUACAGAGGGAACCUGCAACCAAAAACAGCCUAGAUCUUUGCAGUUACUAUGCUUUAUGCUAUGAAGAACUAAAGUAUGUGGUAAUUUUUAUAUAACCAUUCAUGUGGAACUUAGUUCCCAGAAUCAUCUUAUUCUGAAUAGUAUCCAGUAAUUAAGAAUUAUAAUUUUAACCUUCAUGUAGCUUACAUCUACUUUAAAAAGGGUUUCAAGAGCUUUGAUGAAAUACAGUCCUCUGGUGACCCACACCAGAAAACUGAAGAGAGUAUUAACUGCACUAGGAUUUCUUUAAGGAGUAAUGUUGAUCAAAGGGAAGGGAAAGCUUUUAGUGUGUAUUGUACAUAAAGUUGGCUUCUCUAAAGAACUGUUGGUUUCUUCACAUCUGGGUCAGUUUGAGUAACUUUCUUACAUAAUCAAGGGUACUCAAAUAGAAGCCUGCAAAUUAAUCUGCUUUUAAAAUAAAGAGCAGUGUUCUCCAUUCGUAUUUUGCAUUAGACAUAGAGUGACUAUUUUUAAAGCAUGUUAAAAAUUUAGGUUUUGUUCAUGUUUAAAGUAUGUAUUAUGUAUGCAUAAUUUUGCUGUUCUUACUGAAACUUAAUUCUAUCAAGAAUCUUUUCAUUGCACUGAAUGCUUUCUUUUGCCCCUAGGAGAAAACUUAAUAAUUGUGCCUAAACUAUGGGCAGAUAGUAUACGACCUAUUAGAUAAGUGCUAUUUGCAUUUCUGUGAUCUAUGACUUAGAGGCUGAGCUCUUUCUUAGCCAGCGAAAGACGCUCAGCAGAGUCACAAGGAAAUGUAAAGACUUAGAGUUCCCAUUGUAAUGUAAGGGGCAAGAAACUUGUGUUCUUCUAAAUGCUACUAGCAGAACCAGCCUCGUUUUAAUGUUUUCUUGAGCUAGAAGAAAUAGCUGAUUAUUGUAUAUGCAAGUUAUAUGCAUUUUUUAA